AUGGGAACUACAGAUUUUGAUGCAUUAUACAAAACCAAUUUUUAUUAUUCUACACAGUUGUUUUUAUUUUAUGGUGUUUGUAUCGCAUUUGCUGUUAAAACACCCGUUAUUUUUGUUAACGCGCACGUUGAGUCUCCUUUAGGUGGAAGUAUAUUAUUGGCUGCCAUUGUAUUAAAAUUAAGUUUAUAUGGUAUACUAAGAAUUAUGCUACCUUUAUUACCUAAAGCUUCCCUAGAAUUGGUUGCUUACUCUUCUGUUUGUCACGCAGCUGUUUACGUUUUAGGUGUGUUUAGUAAUACUAUACAAGGUAUUGAAGGUGGAAUCUUCUUAGGUUUAGCUCAUGGUUUAGUUUCAAGUGGUUUAUUUAUUUGUGCUGGGGGUGUUCUUUAUGACAGAACGCAUACUCGUUUAAUCACAUAUUAUAGAGGAAUAGCUCAAAUAAUGCCUCUUUUCUCUAUACUGUUCUUCAUACUAUGUCUAGCCAACGCAGGUACACCUUUAACUAUGAAUUUUGUAGGUGAAUUCAUGUCUCUAUACGGUGCAUUUGAAAGACUACCUCUUCUAGGGGCUAUUGCUUCUUCUUCAAUUGUGCUUAGUGCUGCAUAUACUAUCUUCAUGUUUAAUAGAAUAGCGUUUGGAGGGUCUCUUUCGAAAUAUAUCGAGAAAUCUAUACCAGAUUUAAACAUAAGAGAGUUUUAUAUCUUAGUUACUUUAGUAAUCUUUACUGUUCUAUUUGGUAUAUAUCCUUCUUCAUUAUUAGAUGGUUUACACUAUUCAGUUUCAUCUUUAAUAUAUAGUAAUUUUAGUUAA